UUAUAGUAGCUACUUCUAAUAGAUUUGUGAAUAAUAAUGCUAUUCCUAAUCACUCUAGAACUAGAAAAUCUUCAAUAACAAUUCCUCUUAGGACUAGUAUUCUUCAAUAUCUAUUCCUUUUAUGACUGAUAUUUCUUCAUAGAACUGGAAUCCUUUUUGCACAUAACUUUGACAAAAUCUUUGAGUCAACACUCUCCCCCUUUGUCAAAUUUUUGGCAAAAUCCUUGAUUCCAUAAAAGGCUUGGCUUUUGACUCAUCUCCCCCUUAGCUGAUUCCAUGUAUCUCUGUCAUCUAAUGAGUGUUGUCUUGAAUCUCUGUUUGUGACUUCAUCACUGUUUAUGAGCGAAAUGAACAUAGAAUAUCAUCUAUUCAAGUUACAUAAACAAAGAGCACACUGGCUUCUUUUCUUUUUCUUGUUUUCUUGAUAGCUAUAAGAAGAAUCAGAAAAUGUCAUCUGUUCAAGUUUCACAAGGAGAGCAAAAAAAUUUGAGUUCCUUUUCUCUCCCCCUUUUGCUAAAAUUUUUCUGCGACUGUUGAACCUUUUUCUCUCCCCCUUUUAUGCUGAGAGUUUUCUUCCUUUUUCUUUGAAUAUUGGCACGUGUUCUUGACUUUUCAUACCCAGAGUUUUCACUUGAUUUUUUCGGAACCUAACUUGUCUCUUCUUCAUUUGGUCUUUUAGCCUUAGGAUCAAUCCCUUUUAAAGGAUCGAUUCUCCUCCCUUUCCUUUGAUCCUUGUCUGAAUUGAGAGUUGGAAUGGUGGGUUCAUCAACCCCGGCUAUAAGAUGUUCAUAGUCCAAGGAGCUGAUCCGAAAAUUUUCUUCAGAUUCGCGGUUUUGUGGUUCCGCAUGUUCCUGAACCUCUGUCUCUUCUGCAUCUUUCUCCUCCUCAAAUAAUUUAUGGAGGUAUUGCUCAAAAAAAAUCAGAUGAAGGAGGAUCGGUUGCCUCUCCAUGGUUUAGGGCAAACACUGAUUGACCCACGAGACCAUUCGGGUCAACAAUACGGUUAUCUCCCAAAUCAACCGUGAGUGGCAUACAAUUGGGCGUUUCUUCAGAGACUAUUAAAGGGAGAUUCGGAUUACCUGGUGAGGCGUCUCUGUUCUGUUGAACAUCUCAAAACCGAACCUGAGAAAUCAAAGUAGGGUCCAUGGCGAUCGUUGAUGGGUCGUCGGUCAUCAAUUUGUACUGGGUUUGAGAAAACCCAAGUGCCAACAUGCUGAGUUGAGGUUCUCCUACGAGUUCGUUUUGCAUGGCUUCUAUCCAAAAUUCAUCUCUUAGUGCUUCAUCAAUAUUCUUUGGUUCAAACUUGGAGGUGAAACAAUAGUCUUCUUUGGUCAUUUUGAGACUUUGUACUAGGAGGACUUUUGGCAACCUAGGCAGCCCAUGGACAUUCAAGAUGCCGCUUGCAAUGAUCUGGCCUUUUCCUCCAUCUCCAAAGCUCCUGUGGAGAGUACUCCCCAAAUGCUCAAGGCCUACCAGACUCGUAAACGACAGCGGGCUCCUAGUUCCGAGGCCACUUCUGGUGAUGAUGCUGAGGAUGAUGAUGACGGGGCAUCAUCGGUUGGGCUUAUGGAUGACCCUAUCAUGGACGGGGUGGAUUCCAACAUACAGUUUUCGCCUGCCCAGUUCUCCCCAGUCACUCCUUUCCAUGCUGUGGACUCCCCUUCUCGUGGGCCUUCUUUGGCCGUACCGCAAGCUACGCCAAGCCCUACCGGUGAGUAUGAUGCUCGGGAUCCUCUGGCUGCUCAGAUUUUGACUGGUCCGGGCAGCCCUCGUCUUCGUCCCUAUGAUCCUGAGCAUGUGGACUUUAUUCUUCGUGGAGUGCGAGAUAUGGUACCGGCCCAUCGGCGCUUCUGGAUUGAUAGUAGUCCGAUGGAAACCUUGAGUUCCUGCCAAGUUGGAGAUUCCAUGAACGUAAGUGGUCCCUCCCCCACCCCCCUUUUUUUUAUUGUGUGUACCUGGUGUCUCCCUAUUUUGUGCAGAUGGUUAUGCAAUCCAUCGGGCUUCACCAGCGCCUGCAGGAGGCCUCUCGAGAGUAUACCGAGUUGGAGAAGACGCAACGGGGUUUAGAGCAUACUCUCCGGGAAGAAGAGGAUGCUCGUAGGCGCAUCAUGAGAGAAUUAAAAACCCUGAAGGAGGCGCACCAAACCCUGCAGCAAGAGUACCGGGCAUUGGGAGAUAAGCAACAGGCCCUUCAGGAGGAUCAUAGGAUUUUGGGGGAGGAGCACCAGGCCCUCCAGGAGGAACAUAAAACCUUCGGGAAGGAGCACCAGGUCCUCCAGGAAAAGCACAAAACUCUGGGGGAGGAGCACCAGGCCCUUCAGGGGGAACACAAAACUUUGCUGGAGGAGCAUAAAAAACAGCAACAAGAUCAUGACAAGGCCCUUGAAGGUGCCGUGGAAGACUGGCAAAGGACUGAAGAUUUCGCCCGUGCUCCAAGUGAAUAUUCGUGCACGCAUAUGCCCGGGCUGAUCCGCUGGUGGUUGGGGCAUUCGGAUCGUUCUAGCGAAGGUAUGGUCGAGGCCAUGCUAGGGUGGCAGUCUGUGCAAGAGUACCAGGAUUAUACGGGCCCUCCGCUUGUACAUGUCCUCCAAGAAUGGGCAACUACCCUCGGAGGCAGGGUGGCCAUGGGGCCUGUAGCGGAGGUGUGGUUGCGCGAAACGCUAGAAGGUUAGACCAGGUUGGUGCCGGAAUGCAAUGCGGCGUUUUACAUGGGGCAACGAGAUAUGCAAGACAAGCUUUACGAGAAGCUGGAGCGCCGGUUCACUUCUUCAGUAUUGAAGGGUGGAAACUGCCAGAUGUCCUUCCUCUUCGACCUACUCGAGCUUAGGCUACGCCUUCUUCUACGACACCUGCCGGCGGGGAUGUGCUUAUGACUCCCGAAGCGGCCCAACUCGGUGUGACGUCGUCUGUUGAAGCUCCCUCGGAACCUGUGGCCGGAUAUGGUAUUAUCGGGAGCGUAGACCCCUCUGAUCUCCAUCUCACUAUCAAUUCAGGCUCAUGAUUUUCUAGCUCGGAUGCCGCCUCUGCAGCCCCAUAGAUUUAGGCAUAGAUCUUUUUUUUUUUUUUUGGAUAUUUC